AUGUCCAAGAAUACACCGUUGCCAUCUCAUAUGCGCGCCUUGGUCACGGAUGGUCCUGGCCAGCCCCUCGAGUUGAGGACGGUGCCUACUCCUGAAGCCAUUUCCGGAACAGUGGUCAUCAAAGUUAUUGCCUCCCUCGCAGAUCCUAACCUACCUCGUAUUCUGAAAGGCGAGGCUGGCUUUACCUUCCCGAGCCCCUUCACCCCAGGCGGGCGGUCAAUCGGCCGCAUAGCUGCUGUGGGCAUCGACACAACUGCCUUCGUCGAGGGCCAACUUGUCAUGGCGGAGCCUUUCAUCCGAGCUCGUGAUGACUAUAAGCUGCGGGUUUUAUGGGGCGCAAAUGAUGGCUUCACACCACGCGAGAAGACAUUCAUGAAAGACAACUGGUCGGCAGCGGCCUACGCCGACUACGUAAGAGCGCCCUUGGAGAAUUGCUGGGCUUUGAACGAGGAGCGGUUUUGCGGAAAAGAUGAAGACGGCGGCCUCGGACUUGACAUCUAUGACUUACUACAACUCCCAAAUCAGCUCGUUCCAUACGGCGGUUUGAGAGGCAUUGGUGUCCAGCCCGGAGAAAGAGUCAUCAUCGCCCCGGCCACAGGCAUGUUCACUGGCGCUGCGGUUGCAGUUGCAGACGCCAUGGGCGCAAACGUCAUUGCAGUCGGAAGGAAUAUUCAGGUCUUGAAAGAGUUGCAAGCAACGUUUCCCCGGAUAAAGAUAGUUCAGCUCAAAGGCAAUAUCGAGAAGGACACUGCGGCAAUGAAAGCAUUCGGACCAGUGGAUGCAUAUAUCGAUAUUUCACCCCCAACUGCCGUCAACUCGACGCAUCUGCGGAGCGCUUUCAUGGCACUGGAGCCAUACGGCCGGGUGAGCCUCAUGGGCAUCCCCGCCAAUGACAGCAUUCCCGUUCCAUACGCGAUUGCGACCUUCUCUAGUCUCACAAUCAGGGGCCAAUUCAUGUACGAGCCGAGCGAUGUCCCGGCCUUUAUCAAGCUUGCCGAAUCGGGUUUGCUGAAACUAGGGAAAGAAGGGGGAGUGCAGAUCGUCGGCAAAUUCGGACUUGACGAAGUCGAGAAAGCCUUCGCUACAGCAUCUGCGAAUCCAGAAGCAGGAAGGCUGUGCAUGGUGGUUCCGUAA